AAUCCCCCACCCAAAAAAAUGUCCAAUCCCAAAGAUGAGGGGAAGAAGGAAUUCUCAUUUAUCCCUUCCUCCAUCUCCCACCACAUAAAAGCAAAAGCCGAUAACCCUCUCUGCAUCAUCUUCUUUCUUUCACACCAGUCUUUCACUUCAACAAGUAACAAGAAAUGAUUUCACUCAAACCCUCCACUCACCACAACGGAUUUAAUACCUCAUUCCCUUACAACUCUUCGAAAUUUCAACAAAACCCCACUCCAAUCAUUAGAAUAAUUAAGCCCAAUUUCGCACAUACCAAAACAACUUUCAGAACCCACGCCGAGCAGACCGGAUCGGGCAAAGGCGCUCAAAAACGGACUUUCUUGACCAUCGAAGAAGCCGGCCUCGUAGAAGUAUCCGGCCUCAGCACCCACGAAAGAUUCCUCUGCCGUUUAACCAUAUCUUCUCUGAAUUUACUGAGAGUGAUAGCGGAGGAAGAGAAAUGCUCGAUUGAAGAGUUGAAUGCGGGAAGAUUAUGCGAUUGGUUUCUCAAGGAUAAGUUGAAAAGAGAGCAGAAUUUGGAUUCUGCUGUUCUUCAAUGGGAUGAUUCUGAUCCUCUUUUCUGAUAUUUUAUCUUCUACCAAUUACACUCCCUCCUAUUCCCACUUUGAUCUCAUAUUCAUAUUUCCUCCGCAUUCUGUUAAACCACAAUUAAUUUCGCAUUAUAUUCGAUAAUUUAAUUAACUUUUCUUUUUCA